UCUAUCAAGACUGACUGGACAGAGCAUCAGCAAGCCUGUUGAAUCGAAACUGUGAUCCCUAUUGACAUGCUGCGAAGGCGAGCUCCUCUCUGCCUGCUUUGGCUGGCAGUUUCGGCGACGUCUGCUAUGCGCUCAUCUCGGAGAUAUGCCGACCUACAUGCGGAGGCGAGGACGGAGCUAGUUGAGAAAAUGAAGUACGUUAUGCCAAGAGAUGACAACGGUGAUCCAGAGGCGAGUGCUUACCUUGGCCUGCCAACAGACGGGUGCCCCUUUUUUAAAAAUGUCACGAAGCAGCUGGAGGAAGAAAGCUCGCGUCAAAAUCAAGCGAUUAAUGAAACUUUCCAAGACAUCAAGCAGUGGAUAGAAAGCUGCCAGAGCAGCAGUAACGUGACCGAAGUGAGAAAUAAAAUUCUGGAAACACUGAAUGCUUCCUUGACGUGUGAGCCAGCGCCCGCUUGCAAUGCUUCCAAGCCGUACCGGGAAAUCGAUGGUAGCUGUAACAACCUGGCGCACCCUGACUGGGGAAAAACCGACUCCUGCCUGCGGCGUGUGCUCAGCCCUGCCUACGCGGACGGAAUAUCGAAGCCCAGGCUUUCCUGCAACGGCUCUGAACUUCCGAGCGCCCGGCUCAUCUCGAUAACUCUUCAUGAACAGAAGAAUGUGACGCACGAGAAUUUGACCCACCUGGCAAUGAUUUUUGGACAGUUCCUGACCCAUGACAUCACCUUCGUGCUGUUCGGACCAUUCUCGUACAUCGAGUUCGAGCUCGGCACAGUACCACUUGACCUUUGUACCGCGGACACUGAUCCGGAGUGUUUUCCUGUUGAUGUUCCUGAGAACGACACGUUUUACAAAGCCUACAACGUUACAAAACUGGCGAUCCUCCGUUCCUUAUUUUGCCAUAAGUGUGAAAAUGGUUACCGAGACCAAAUGAACUCGCGCACUUCCUAUCUAGACCUGUCCCAUGUCUACGGCAUUAAAUGGGAUAUACAUGCGACGGUUCGAACUUUCAACAAAGGUCAACUUAUAAGCCAAGUAGUGGAUGACGCCGAAUUUCCGCCGGACAGUCCGUUUCCUUAUGCCGACAACUGCAGUAUAUUGGAGCAGAAUAGGAUGUGCGCCUGGACAGGUGAUCUACGAGCAGGCCAGCACAUCGGCUUACUAUCGAUGCAAACACUGUGGCUGAGGCAGCACAACAGAAUCGCGAAGAACCUUUCUAAAAUUAAUCCUCACUGGGACGAUGAGAAGAUCUUCCAAACCGCAAGGAGGAUCUGCGAAGGAAUUUAUCAACACAUCGUGUUCAAGGAAUGGCUUCCAUUGAUGCUGGGCACGAGUAAGAUGAGUGAGUUUCAACUCAACCCGAAAGAAAACAACUACACCGACUACAACGACAGUAUCGACCCCACUAUUACGAACGAGUUCUCUGCUGCCGCAUUUCGAUUCGGCCACUCCCAAAUAGCCGAGAACUUCUGGAGGUACGGAAAAGCAGAUAACUGGCUCGAACCUUCUAAUCUCUCAACUGCCUAUUUCGUACCACACAACAAUAGUGAAGGCAUUCACGACGAAGUACUUCGAGGAUCCCUGAAGCAACCGAUGCCGACUUUUGACAGGUAUAGUGACUACAGUGUCACACGAAACCUAUUCCGCCAGCCGCACAUGCAGUACGGUUCCGACCUUUCCGCCAUCGACAUUCAGAGGGGCCGGGACCAUGGUCUCCGUCCCUACGUUGACUACCUGCAACACUGCCGGAACAUUACCGUGACGACUUUCGAAAACUUAACAGAUUUGAUGGCUGAAUCGAACGUCACAGAUAUUUUUAAGAAUCUCUAUGGAAACGUCACUGACAUCGAUUUAUAUUCUGGUGGCCUUUGCGAAAAGCCAAUUGAAGGAGCACAGGUUGGCGAAACUUUCGCCUGGAUCAUCGCUAGAGUAUUUUACGGGCUGAAAUUUGGGGACAGAUUUUACUACGAGCAUGGCGACCAGUCGGGCUCUUUUACAAAGGAACAACUACAGUCAAUUAGGAAUGUCACAUUGGCCUCAGUCUUCUGCCAGAACAUCAAAGAUUUGCACUGUAUACAACGUGAUGUCUUCCUUCGCCAGGACAGCAGCAAAACCAAAGUGGUAGCGUGCACGGAAAUACCACACGUAAACUUGUCCUUGUGGAAAGAUCCUACCAAUGCAGAGAACACAACAUAACUAUCCAAAAGAACCAUCUGCGCAAUAUGCCUUAUAAACGACUAUCUUCAUUCAAAGUUUGCCUACAGUGAGCGUAUUCCUCUAUGCGCAAACAACUUAGCGAACCUAUUUCAAAUAAAUCUAGCAACUUCACUGCGAAUAAAUGAUAUUCCUAAGAA